AUUUCUUGUUGAACUCACUAGUUUAUCCUUUUCCUAUAAAUUGUUAGUCAUAGGAGCCAUUACGAAGUCAAUCUGGAAGUUACCAAUUAUGCUCAACUGAAUUUCCCAAUUCUGCGCAGAACAAUUUUAGUUUGAGAUUCAGAUGAAUUGCACUAAUGUCAGAAUCUUAGCCCAAAAGUGGUAUUCACUGCAUGCCGAAAAAAAAAAAUAGCAUCCUGAAAACUUGAACAUUUGGGACGUCAUCUAAUUCUCUAGUAUGCUUAUCUAGAAGGUUACGAACUUUUCCUACCAUUUAUUACCUUAGGAUCCAUUAGAUAUCAGGAAAAAUUUUGAGCUGUUUCAGUUUUAUGCAUGAUUCUAGAAUGCCGUGGUUCAAGUUUGUCUCGUAGUUUGAACGACGUUAUCUAGAACUUACAUUCAGCCAUUAGAUUUUGAGCUCAAUUAUGGAUGAAGUGCUUGCCUCUAGUAGGUGUGAAUUUCUAUGCAGCUAGUAUGUUACACCUUCAAUCACGGAAUGAUUAUAAGAAAGUUGUUUUUUUUUCUUUUGGAAUAGCAGAAUUUCUAGCAAUUACUUUAAUAAGUCGCCUGGAAGCAUAAAAAAUCCUGUCAAUAUAUUUUCUACAUUUUUCUGAUUUAUUUAAGAUAUGCAUCACAGCAUGGGUUUUUUUUUGGGUGCCUAUCAGAUUCUUUUUUUGGUAAAUUCUGCUCAUGAGAAUUAUUAUUUGUUGGUAGAAUGUCAUCGCUAUAUGGAGUGUUUUUCUCCCUUGCAGGUCCAUCUUUCUCUAUCUUAAGUCGUAAUUUUAUUGAGUUCUGCGUCCUGGGUGCAGACAACUUCCCUAGGACUCUACUGAUGUAUUUGUCAAACACACCUUCUUCUCUAUCCAACUACUUCCCCACUAUCCUAUGUAAUUCACCGCAGUUUAACAGGACUGUCAUAAACCACAACUUACUAUAUGUAACCUUCAAUGACUCCUCAAAAGAGAAGCAUCGCCAACUUAAUUCUAAGGAAUUUGAUAUUAUGGUUGAGAGUGGAGCUGCCUUUGCCACAGAAUUUCCAUUUGAUGAUUCAGUUCUUGAUCGAAUUGACCGCGAAAUAUUGGAACGCAGUCCUGGUAAAGUUGUACCUGGUGGAUGGUGCUUAGGUGAGCCUGGGAAUGGUACUUGUUCAGUCUGGGGUGAUGCUGAUAUUCUGAGACCUGGGCCAGGAGCAACAAGACUUGAAAAGCGCAUAGUUGAAUUGCUUUCAAACAAUUGGUUCCGGUCUCACCAGUGUAUAGACGAUGAUAUGCCGCUCAUUGAGAGAAGAGAAAAUGGAUGGAGAUUUUCCUUUUACCAUUUUCAGUUUGGAUGGAAGAAAUUAAUUUUAGCCGCCUGCCCAUUAUUUUUGUAG